AUGAAGAACAAGGGAGCCAAGCAGAAACUCAAGAGGAAGGGAGCCGCGAGCGCGUUCGGCUGCGACCUGACGGAAUAUCUCGAGAGCUCUGGGCAGGAUGUCCCUUAUGUACUGAAGAGCUGUGCAGAGUUCAUUGAGACUCAUGGCAUUGUGGAUGGGAUCUACCGGCUCUCAGGAGUGACAUCCAACAUACAGAAGUUGAGACAAGAGUUUGUUUCUGACCAAUGCCCAGAUCUGACAAGGGAAGUUUAUCUCCAGGACAUCCACUGUGUGGGGUCACUCUGCAAGCUAUACUUCAGGGAACUGCCCAACCCUCUCCUCACUUAUGAGCUCUACAAGAAAUUCACGGAAGCAGUGUCACGCUUCCCCAAGGAUGAGCAGCUGGCACGAAUUCAAAAUGUCAUCCAGGAGCUCCCACCAUCACAUUACAGAACAUUGGAAUACCUGAUCAAGCACCUGACUCAUCUGGCCUCCUUCAGCAGCAUGACCAACAUGCACACUAGAAACCUGGCCUUGGUGUGGGCUCCAAAUCUCCUCAGGUCAAAGGAGAUUGAGGCAGUUGGCUGCAAUGGGGAUGCAGCUUUCCUGGAGGUGCGAGUGCAGCAAUUGGUGAUCGAGUUCAUCCUGAACCACGUGGAUCAGAUCUUCAACAACAACAGGAAAGCCAGCUCUCCAGAGAACAUUGAGAGUGCAUCGGUUGCGAAAAGUUUGACCCUCCCCUCAGCCUCUCUGCCAAUGAAACUGGUGAGCCUAGAAGAAGCCCAGGCACGGAGUCUGUCUGCAUCCCAUCCUGCUCGGAAGGAGAGGAGAGAGAAUAGCUUGCCUGAGAUUGUGCCUGUAAUUGGGUCCCUCUUCCACACAGUUGUUGACCUUCCUGACAGCAAGAGGAAAUUAUCCACCAAGUCCAAGAAAUGGAAGUCAAUAUUUAAUUUGGGCCGCUCUGGCUCAGAAUCAAAGUCUAAACUGAGUCGGAAUGGGAGUGUCUUUGUAAGGGCACAGAAGCUCUCUGAAAAAGCAACUAUUCGGCCUGCAAAGAGCAUGGACUCAUUGUGUUCCCUGCCAGUGGAAGGGGAGGAUGACAAAAGCAGGUUCAAACGGUCAGUGACUACUGGAGGAUUCUUUGUUCCCACCAAGAUACGGACAGGAGGCACAGGCAGCUCAUACGACCUCAGCAAGGAGAAUGAGUGGGAGCGGGAAGGAUCUGCCAUGGGGGCCAAAGGAAGUCCAGAGCUGGGUGGGGAGAAAGGUCUUCCCCAGACACUGCAGGUGAAGUCACCCCCUGAGCAGCUGAAGGUUUUCCGGGUAGCAGAGGAUGCUGAAAAUGAUCAGGCUUCAGCCAAAGGAGUGCUCAUGUUCUACACGUCUGAAACAGCCACCAAGUCAGGCUUUCCAAGCAGCCUCUUUCCCUUGGAGGCCUCUCCUCAUCACCAGAGGAAAGCCCUGAACAUCUCAGAGCCAUUUGCUGUCUCUGUCCCACUAAGGGUAUCUGCAGUCAUCAGCACCAACAGCACACCCUGCCGCAUGCCCACCAAAGAAAAACAUUCCCUUUCCAGCCUAGAGGAGUUGUCUUCUCUGGUGGAGAGCACAAACCCCUCUGCCCUGGAGGCAGGGACCCACACAAAGGCAGAACAAACAGCAGAAUGCAAGGAGAAGCAGCUGGGGCCAGCCCUGCAAGUGGCAGCAUCCAGAGGGUCUCAUCCUGAGGAGCUGGUGGCAGCUGGAAAACCAGAGUCCUUAGAAAUGCCACAGUCAGCAGCAGAAAAUCAGGAGACAUGUGGGCAAAGCAGCUGCACCAGCAGCCCCCAGCAGUCCUCAGAGCAGAGUCCCACCUUGGAACAAACACCGGCAUUGGAGUUCCACAAGGUACCACUCCCAGCAGGGAAAGCAGAGCAAGGACAGUUCAAGAUGAAGGAUGUCUUCUCAGAAGGCAGAUGUGACCAACAGGAGAUUGAGAUGGCUAAGACAGAAGAAAGAUCGGACCUAAGAGAUGUGACUGAGGAGGACCCAACGAAUGCCCUUCUGGAACCGCUGUGGCAAGAGAUACAGCAGGAACUGAAAAUUAUUGAACCUGAAGAGGAGCUUUUGCUCUUGCCAGCAGCAGUCCCCAAGACAAGCUCAAUUUCUGAAUCCUCUCCUUCAGUACAAACAGAGAGUCUUUCCUCUGGCCCAGGUCAGAGUCCAACACUUGAUGAGCAGAGAUCUGAAAGCAGAACAUCACAGGUAACUCGGAUGCCUUUAUUUGUUGCCAGUGCCAUGGAGCAACAAGACAGCCUCCCCAGCUGCCAGUCCGAUGCAGUUGCACAGCAGAGUGGUGCUUCAGCCCUGCCCAAACUGGGCGGUCUUCCAACAGGCUCAGCCACUCCAAAGAAUCACCAGUCAAUGGUGGAGAGCAGGAGUGAAUGUCUCACUCCUACCCCAGACUGGAAGCUUCAUAGUCAAUCAGAAUUUAGUGAGAUUUCCACUAGUGAAGGAUUAUCUUGUUCCAAAGGAGCAUGUCCAGACUCUGGGAAAGAAAAAGAUGGCAGUUACCAGCUCCAGAGGGAAGAGGAUGGUGUUACCAGAGUCCCAGAGACUCAGAGGGAGAACCAUGAGAUAAUGACUACUGAUGGAAAGGACACAUUGUCCUCCAAGGCACUGAGUGGAGCUGGAAUCCAGGAGGUGAAGGAAGGCAGUGCUGUUAGCAGAACCCAGAAUGCUGUUGACCAGGAUGAUGAGGAUGCCUGGACAGAUAAUGUGCAGAGCUUAGAACUUGUGGAGCCUUGGGAGGAUCACCAGUGGGUUACAAGCCCUCUCCAUUCCCCCACCUUUAAGGACAUUCAGGAGAUUACCCAGGAGAUUCACCCACAGAGCCAAAGAGCAGAGACUGGCCUUUCUCUUAGACCGCGGUUCAGUCGCAGCCUCUCCUUGGACAGUAAAGACACAGUGCUGAGUACGUGGACUAUCCCAUUCUCUUUCAUAGAUGCCACUGACCAGCAGAAGCCAUAUAGUGACAUUCUGCAUUCAGUGACUUGUGAGCUGUCCAAAACACAACCCAUGUCCCCCUCUGCUUCGGGCAAAGCUAUGCAAGAUGAGAAUGGCCCAAGUCCUCCAGAAGAACCUUCAAAACUUGAGUACCCCCUUAUCAGGGAGAAAGCACCAGGUGAGAAAGCAGGACCCUUCAAAGUCACUCUUUCAGAGACAGAGGGAAAGAAAGUGCAUGUGAGCAAAGAAAAUCCCUGGAGCCCAAAGCCUGAGUUGUCUUUGCCAUACCAAAAUAGCCCAGGCAGUUCUUCACAGACUAAGAAUGCAAAAGCGGAGCUACCCAUCUCUCAGGACACUGCCCUGAGAGGAGAGACUGUCACCAAAGCAUUGUGCUCUGCUGCUGAGUUACAGCUGAGUAAUAAAGGUGAAGAAACGCCUCACAAAGUAAAGACCAGGCCUUCAUCCCUCAACUUGGAUUCACUCCUCCCAGCCCCAGAUUUCUUCACAUUUGAGAGCCUGUCCAUGUCAUCUGCCCCUGGGAACCUCCUGUAUGGGCAGAAGGAAGUAAAAAGCAGUGAUUCUGUCCCAACCCUGCUGACACACUGCCCUGCUGCCAGUAGGGGUGUUUCCUGGGGGUCUCGUUUCAAUGCCCCCAUGGAUUUAGACUUGGAUUACCUGGCAGUGGCCCAUGCCACCACUGGCCGUCGUAACUCUGCCCCUGUCAGUGUGUCAGCAGUCAGGACCUCCUUCAUGAUUAAGAUGUGCCAGGCUAGAGCGGUACCUGUGAUACCGCCCAAGAUUCAGUACACCCAGAUCCCCCAGCCUCUGCAAGCUCAGAAUGCUGCUCCAGCCACUGAGAAGAAGGAAGCAGAAGCCAAGCAGGCCAUCAGGCAAGCUCCACGGGUGGCAUGGAGCCACCUGGAGGCCCCCAAGAGCCCACUGACAGAGAAGAAAGCCAAAGCAGAGAAAGAAAACAGUGACCCUGCUCAAAAGGACUCAGCCUGUCCUUGGCAUGGCAGCCUGGGCCUUCCACUGGAGCCGUCUCAGUCCAGUCAUCACCCUGCUCUGGAUGCCCCUGUUCUGCGCCGAAAGCGCACCUCUGAUGGGGAGACAGCUGGAGAUAACCCACAGUCUUCAAAGAUAGAGAGGCCAUCAGGGUUCUCCAAACCCUCCUACAGAUCUAGGCCUGGGAGGCCCCAGAGUCUGAUUCUCUUCAGUCCCCCUUUCCCCAUCAUGGACCACCCCACCUCCUCAGCAGACUCCAGGGUGCUGUUGUCACCCAUCAGGAGCCCCACUCAGACCACCUCUUUGAGCCCCAUUUGUGGUGAUCUGUCUGACCCUGCGCGGACACCACCUGAGGGGGUGACACUGCGGAACAAAAUGACCAUCCCCAAGAAUGGCCAGAGACUGGAGACUUCUACCAGCUGCUUCUACCAGCCCCAGAGGCGCUCUGUGAUUCUGGAUGGACGAAGUGGGAGGCAGAUUGAGUAG